AUAAAAAACCAAACACAGCUGUGUUUUGGUACACAGCUACUUAUUUCUAACUUCAAGAUUAAAAAAAUUUCAAGGCCCACGUCAGAUAAAAAAUCGCGUUUAAUCGCGUCGACAGGAUGCUCUGAAACGCGAAUUUAUGGAGUUUCGAUCAUUUUCAUCGUUUUAAAUUUUGAUCGAUGCAAAAGAAGCAAUUAAUCAAUUUUUGUGAAUGUCCAGUGACUAAUACUUAGUAUUUUUAUCGAAUAAGACAAAAAAUAUCGAAUUAUCAUGAGUUUUAGGGAAUUAUUUCCGACAAAUGGAUCGGUAGUGAUUUUUAUUUUGUACAUGUCACUUUUUGUGGCACAAGGACUUUUGGUGAAGGCAUCCCAAAGUACGAACAACUCGUAUACUUACAACACAGUUACCGUAGUUUUAGCGACUGAGCUGCUGAAAUUGCUUGUUUCGGGCUCGCUGUAUUAUAAAGAGAAUAAUUUAAAAAGUUUAUACACGAAUGUAUUGAAAGGAGGGAAGUUACUUGCCUUCUACUUAGUCCCAGCUUUCCUGUAUUGCCUUUACAACAAUCUUGCCUUCUUGAAUUUGUCGAAUUUUGAUCCGACGACGUAUUUUUUGUUGCUCCAGCUGCGAGUUGUGUUCACCGGUAUCCUGUUUCAAGUGAUUUUUAGUAAAAAGCUCUCAAAACUGCAAUGGGUUUCGUUAAUUCUGCUCACUUUUGGCUGCAUGGUGAAACAUCUUGAUCUCUCAAGUAGCGAUGAUGCCUCCAAAAGCACGACAGACGACAAAAAACUCGCACAUGACUCAAAUUACAUCACAAGCAUCAUUUUAAUUCUCAUCCAAACGCUUUGUUCCUGUCUUGCCGGUGUCUACAACGAGUACCUGCUGAAGAAAAAAGGCGCUGAAACGGAUAUUUACAUGCAAAAUAUCUUCAUGUACCUCGAUUCGCUCGUUUGUAAUCUCCUCUUGUUGGUGUUGCAAGGAGAUUUGAUCAACGCGCUCACUCCAACUUCGAUCCAGCAAAUUAUUCGAUGGGAUGUCCUGCUAAUUAUCGUCAAUAAUUGCGCCAUUGGCAUCGUGACGUCGUUCUUUCUCAAGUACAUGAACUCGAUUUUGAAGACGUUCGCAAGUGCACUCGAGCUGAGCUUUACGGCGAUUUUGUCGUAUGUCAUUUUUGCGAUUCCGUUGAACGUGAGCACCGUUUUUGCCAUUUUAAUUGUGUCGUUUGCCGUUUUUCUGUAUAGUAAGAAUCCCGUGAAUAAUACGGGACCAAGUGUGAAAAAUGUGUUGCCUGUUUAUGCCGAUGUGCGGGAUAAGCAGAAACUUUUAGGUGAUGACAAUGUAGACGACGAUGACGAGGAAUAUGAUUUAGUUAUGGAUGUUGUUAAAUAAAUAUUAGAAUUUUAUGCAGUAAUGACAAAAAAAUUGAAUUUUUCU